ACUGUGCGGCAGGUCGGUAAACGCCUCAAAGCAGUAACAGUAUGGCGGCUCUGAGUCUGACAGAAACAGAAGCACCAGAAAAAAAGCUUCUCGUCGUUCCUUAGCAGCAAUGUCUGAAGGAUUUGGGGUCAAAACUCAGCAUGGGGUUGGUUUAAUUCUCUCGUAACACGAACACUAGGAGUAAACGCUGACUACACGCUGCAAGGUUUUAUUUUGUGAGCAAUUGUAGUUAAAUAACUAAAUUUCCUGUUAGUCGCUAUUGCGAAAGCUAUGCUAGUUAGCCUCAGAUGCUGGUAGACAAGCACAAGCUUGUUCGUUAAAUAUUUGCGGUGUUUUAACAGCGGUAGAUUGGGGCACCACUCGUUUAUGAAGCUGGUGAAACUAGUGUGAUGAAACGUCAAAAAUCCACUCAUAAACAUGUCAGAACUCGUUAGCUUAGCAUUAGCUUGGUGGUGUAGAACUAGGGACUGAAGCUAACGCUGCUAACUGUCAUUCUAGCAGCACAGGAAGAGGCGCUAACACAUGUUAAUCCCGGAUUAUUGGGAGUUUGAUCGUCAAUCUAAAUUAGAAAUAGUUUUUUUGCGAACGGGUGUAGCUGCAGAUCAGAGGGAGUGGUUCGUAGAUAAGACCAAGCUAAGGUUUAGGUUGUGAAUGACGAACAGGUUACAGCUGUAUGUGUGUUAGGACAAGAUUGAACACAUUUGUUUGUGUUUCUCUAGUUGACGUCUCCGGUCCUCGGCUUUUAAAGUGUUUAAGGAAUUUGGGAAGUUUUUUUCUUAGCUGUAUUCUGGACUAAUGUGGAUCUGGACCCGUUUGUCCUGGGCCCGGUCAUUGUCGGUCUGUACUCUGAUGUUAACGUAGCGAAAGAAAAACUGUUGGGUUUUAUUUGAUUGUUUGUUGGUUUUUUUUUUUUGGUAAAUCUACACGAAUAGGAACUGGACCACUUAAAAAAUUGGACCAAAGAACUGUUUCAGGACUGGACCAUGGUCUUUGAAUAGAGUGAACAGGAUUUCAAGAUUUAUUUUGGCCUAAAACUUAGGCUAUAGGAAAGUUGCCAUUCUGGAUCAAGAGAACCUGCCCCUGGUGUCUGGCUGGAACAACACCCUAAAACCAGAGUCAAUGCCGUCAGCGCUGGCCGUCUUUGCAUGUCGACCAAACUCCCACCCCUUCCAGGAGAGACACGUGUAUCUGGAUGAGCCGGUCAAGAUCGGCAGGUCGGUGGCUCGAUGCCGCCCGGCCCAGAACAACGCCACUUUUGAUUGUAAGGUUCUGUCUAGGAAUCAUGCCCUGGUCUGGUUUGACCAGAAGACUGGCAAGUUUUACCUCCAAGACACCAAGAGCAGCAAUGGAACUUUCAUAAACAGCCAGAGACUGAGUCGUGGUUCGGAGGAAAGUCCGCCCUGUGAGCUUCUGUCUGGCGACAUUAUACAGUUUGGUGUAGACGUCACCGAAAACACCCGCAAAGUCACCCAUGGCUGCAUUGUCUCUGCAAUAAAACUCUUUUUACCAGAUGGGAUGGAAGCACGGAGACGCAGCGAUGUGAUCCAGACACCACUGCCAAUCCCUGUGGACAAGGUUGCAGCCAACAGUCCCAGUGUCUAUUCUCAGGAACUGUUCCAGUUGUCCCAGUAUCUACAGGAGGCCUUACACAGGGAGCAGAUGUUGGAGCAGAAGUUGGCCACGCUGCAGCGACUGUUGACCUCCACACAGGAGGCGUCAGAGAGCAGUUGGCAGGCUCUCAUUGAUGAGGACCGCCUUCUGUCUCGACUGGAGGUGAUGGGCUGUCAGCUGCAGGCCUACUCGAAGGCUCAAACGGAGGAAGGGCUUCGCAAAGAACUGCUGGCUCUGCAGGAAGACAAACACAACUACGAGACCACAGCCAAGGAGUCACUGAGGAGAGUCCUGCAGGAGAAGAUCGAGGUGGUGAGGAAGCUAUCGGAGGUGGAGCGCUCCCUCAGUAACACCGAAGAUGAGUGCACUCACCUGAAGGAGGCAACGGAGAGAAGUCAGGAUGAGCUGAAGGAGUUGGCCGACAAAUACAACGCUGCCGUGGAGGAGAUCCGAGAGCUGAACCACAAGAUCAAGGCUGCAGAAGGUCGUCAGGAGGAGUUGACUCAGAGAGGAGCUACCGAGAAAAAAGAGCUGGAGUUGAAGAUUGAAGAGCUGGAGGAGAAGGAGCAGCUCCUCCAGGCCAGGAUUGAAGCUCUUCAGGCCGACAAGGACUUUACCAACCAGCGGCUCAGUGCACUGCAGGUGCGGAUGGAGCAGCUGCAGGAGAAGAACAGUAAAGACAACAACAGCCUGGACACGGUUCCUCCUGGAGAUCAUGCUGUGGAGGUGGAGGAGAGACAGGAGGACAAGGACGAUAUGGACGAUAUGGAUGAUAUGGAUGAUAGUGCAGGAGACUCUUCUGACAACUGUCACGUGAACAACAGUGGAGGAGAGUCGCCAAAAAUUCAGCAGCUGAUCCAAUGUCCAUCAGCAGUGAAAGCCAUAAAGGAAAAUGUCGUCUCUGCAAAGCAAAAACGAACAAGCUUUGAUGACAUGCUGGACGCUCAUCUGCAGAACAACCAGAGGACAGAAGAAGAUCCUGAUCCAGGAAGAGUGAACCAGAUGGAGGCCCGAGAGUCUGACAUGUCGGACACUCUGAGUCCCAGCAGAGACCGCAGCAGCGAUGACACGUCAGACGGAAAUGAAGAUGAAGAGGAGCUGAACCAACGUCAGAACAGAGUCAGCUUGCACCAAGAAGACCUCCAUCCAUCUCCUCUGGUUUCUGGAGAACCAGAGCAGAUCAUCCACCAUCUUCACAGAGAACUUCUAGAGGCUCAGGAUUUGGCUAACAAUGGCAAACACAAGUGUCUGGAGCUGCAGGUUCUGCUGGAAGAAGAGAGGCAGAGCAACUGCCGACUGACAGAGGAAUCCACCAAUCAGAUUCAGUAUUUGCAGUCUCAGCUGCUGAAGCUCCAGUCAGACCUGGAAUCUCUGAGGGAGCAGAGGGAGAUCAGCAUCUGCAGCACCAGAGAAGAACUGGACUCCGCCCAGGACGAGAUCCUGGUCCUGCGUCAUGCUAUGGAAUCAGCUGCCAACGAGCGGGAGCGAGAGAUCUCCACCCUGCAGGCUGACCUGGGUGGAGUCCGCUCAGAGCUGGAGCUCUGGAGAAGCAAGGCCUCCAAGUACGAGGAGGAGAUCAGCCUCCUACAGGAGGCCUUCAUCCAGCAGCAGGAGGAGCAGAAGACAGCCAAUCAGCUGCAGGCCCAGUGUGAAGUUCUGCAGCAGAAGUGUGUAUGUUUGCAGCAGGACUGUGACGGACUCAGAGAAGAACGAGGAAUUUUGCUGGACAGACUGAAGCAGCUGGAGGCGGAGCUUAGCAGGUCCAAGGAGCAGAGCCUGGUACUAAGCAGCAGCCUCCAGUCUUUGGAGAAGAGAGAAGAGGUUUUGCAGGAUAAACUGGGAUCUCUAGAGAAUCAGCAUCUGCAGGAUGCCAGCAGGCUGAAGAACCAACUAGACCAGGCUCAGGCCCGAACCCACAGCCUGCAGAAAGAGUGUGAGGACACCCAGUCUCAGCUGCAGAACCUUCGUCAGCGGUACCACCGAACUGAGCAGGAGAAGGUGAACAUCCACCAGGAGCUGCAGGAGUGCAGGAGGAACCUGGAGUUCAUGCAGGAGAACAAGAAGAACUCUCCAUCCAUUCUGCAGCCUGUCCAGACCAUGAUCAUGGGCCUAGUCCUGGUUCUGCUCUACUGGUUUCUGAGCCAGUUAUGGUAGAAAGAAGAGUGGGCGGAGCCACUGGAUGCCACUGGUGGCAGUGAUUGUGGUGGCUACAGCCGUCAUCCUCUACCCUCAUCUGUCCAGGAGCAGCUCCACCUAGAAGCGGACACUGAAACACACAUACACUGCGUUUCCUGUAUAAAGUCUCACUGUACAUAACUGUAGAGGGAAAUUUGGUUUUUACACCAACCUUUUUUUUUAUUAUUAUUAUUAUUAUUAUUAUUCAUGUUUGUUUGUGGUGAUGGAGGCUGUUUGUUUUUUUUUUUUUUUUUUUGGUUUUAUCCUGAAUGUUUGUAAACGGAUCACACUUCUACAGGAAUUGUUUCGGCGUAACUGACCGCGACAGUGUAGUCAUGGGAACACCGUUGGUCAUGAUGCUGUCAGUGACAUCAUCGUUGCAUGGUCCAUGCCCUAGGAAAUAAUUGUAGAAAUCAGUGAGAUUUUUUUUUUUUUUUUUUUUUCAGUAAUUGGUCCCACACUGAUUGGUAACUGCCAAUAUUUCACUAAUGAAUUGAUUGGUCAUUAAUUUAUUGACAACCACUGGUGAUUAAUCACAGACUAACCACAAUAAUGAAGGUCAGUUGAACGACGGUGCUGUUUGAGCUAUCGACCAUCAUUUGGUUUAUCAUUGAUCAGUUAUUGUGUGCGUCCAGGAACUUUGUCAGAUAAAUAAACAAAACAGGUCAAACUCCUGAGACAUUUUUUUUUCUCUGCUGUUUGAACAGGAAGUGACAGACGAACCAACCUUUCUUCUUAUGUUCUAAGGACAUGGUUGUGUACCAGUACAUCAACACGUGUGUGCGGCUUUGUGUAUAAGACUGUGCGUGUCUGUGUGACUGUCCGACUGUGUGCCUGUUUAAAAAUAACACUAAAGUUGAAAAAAAAAAAUUACAAAUGUAAAUUUUAAUCUUGAUUAAAACAAACAAAUAAACAGAUUAUUUUGUUAAAGAGAUGACAGUGGGUGGCGCUAAUGAGGAAGAUGUUUAAAUUUGCAGAUGUUUGGAUUAAAGAUGUAGCAGCAAAAAAA